AUGCAACUGCAUAGAACAAAAGGCAGACCACAUGGAUGCGAACGAUAUUUGACGUUCAAAGCAUUGUUCCCAGCGUCUGUAUUGCUGCUGAUGUUUGCAGUGUCAUUCACCGCGUUUGAUGGAGGGAUAUCUGUGUCAGAUGCGGGACAGAUUAGCCCUGAUGCAUCCAAUCCGAAAGCUUCCGUUGAAAAUAUAACCGCUUAUACACCCAUUCCGAAACCUUCGGUGGAAAAUAUUUGCCCACAAGCUCUUCAUCUCUUGAAGGACGAUUCUUCCAAGCUGGCGUCCAUACACGAAGAGCUCAAAUCAUUUCAUGAUGGAGGUGGCAAUGUCAAGGUCAUUGAAGAGUAUCUAAAUUCGUACAUGGAUAAAACAAUCGACCGGUUGGACAUGAAGUAUUAUCCAAAAGGUCAAUCUGAGCCACUGGAGGCGGCAGGAGUAACCAAGCACAUUAUUGAGACUCAAAAGGAAGUAGAUACUGCCAAACGUGGUGGGUAUGAUCAAUUCAGACUGCCGGGCUACUUCAAGACAGUCAAAGGAAAACGAUUGAAGGACUUUAAAAUUGAUGUCAUGGAACCAUUUACACCGCAACGAUGGCGCAUUGGCUUGGGACCAAUAGCCAAAACUGCUUGUAAGAGUGUCGAUCGGAUACGGUCCGGCGAAGGAAAAAACUACGACGAUAAAUUCAUGUGUUCCUACACAGACUUGACAAAGAACCAGAACAAACCCACAAUGCAACAAGAGGAACCAAGUUCAGAAUGCAGCAUGAUAUCCAUAGGAAGCAAUGGACAGUGGGGAUUUGAAGAAAAAGUAGUAGCAAGUACCAACUGUAUUACACAUACCUUUGAUUGUACAGUGCAGGAUCCUAAGAAACCAAAUGUGGAUGCAAUCAAUUUUUACCCCUACUGUGUUGCCAAUGAAAACAAGGAGAGUGAAGGCCGCCAGUUCCGAACCUACAAAGGUAUGGUAGAGGCUGCCAAAUUGACCCGUCCCCCCGACCUCUUCAAAAUGGACGUGGAAGGAUUCGAAUUUGAUGUCAUGACACAAAUGUUGGAAGAAGCACACAAGUCGGGAACCAUGGACCUGCUACCGACGCAGAUAUCCGUAGAAUUGCAUUAUGCCACGCGGAUGUACGACAUUCCCUGGAAAAUGAGAACGAUUACAGCAGCUGAGAUUGCUCUCUUCAUGGGAAUGAUGUACCGUCGUGGAGGCUAUGUUCCGGUGCACUAUGAAAAAGUAGGACCGGCCUGCGUUUUCUGCGCCGAGCUAUUGUUUGUGAGAAUGUUUUGUGACAAAUAG